CAGUAGUGGCAGAACUGAUGUAAACAACAACUCACCGUAUGUUGGCUAAAGCGUUUCAUUGUCUUCGCCUGUUAUCACAAAAGCGGUCUUGUGCUACUGUGUUGGGGAAUGACAAGUCGUGAGAAGCAUCUGGUGGUGAUGUGCUAGGAAGAACAUUACUUGGAAACAAGUAGAUGUUCUCGUGAAGCUUGUGUUUAUAUUUUGUAGCGUCGUAGUUACGUGAGAUGACAACUCAGAAACGAUGUCAUAUUCGCUACAGUUGUGUGUGUUACGGACAAGUAAUUUUAGUUUCUCACCAGGUUGAAUGCGAGGACUAUAGUCCUAUAAUACACUCCGUAUUAGAAUCGCUGUGUGAUGCGGGAUGUGAUAAACUGACGUACCCCGUAGACAGCUUUCAGGUUCAUGUUUUGAUCGACGAAGAUUUUUGUUUCGCCUGUGUUACGAAGAGAACGAAUGAACACUACAUUCCUUUCAAAUUCCUGGAUACAGUGAAGGACAGAUUUUCUGGAAUAUCGAGCCUCAUUUCCAGAUCAUUAAGGGCAACUGAAAAUGAAUUUGAACGUGAUUUUGCUCCCGUACUUGCAUCUGUGAUGUAUGAUUUCAACAUAGGACAGGGAGACAAGUUACAGGAACUGCAGUCUCAAGUGGAGGAUGUAAAACAAGUAAUGCUUGAAAAUGUGCAGAAAGUCUUAGACCGUGGAGAGAGGCUGGAUGACCUGCUCAGCAAAACUGAAGAUUUGGAAGCUGGGGGUAACACAUUUCGUCAGAGGACAUUGCAAUUUUACAAAAAAGCGAGAUGUAGAAAUUUGAAGAUGUGGAUAAUAAUUGGCAGUUUUCUUAGUGUGGUACUGACAUUGGCCGUGCUUAUAUCCCUUGGAAUCUUGCAUUUAUGAUUCACUGAGAUGAAAGACAAUUGGAAGACAUUGUUUCUGACUGCAAGAGAAGGCUGUGGUACACAUUGUUUAUAUAGUGAUCAACAUAAACCAAAGAAUUUGACAAAAUGUAAAUAUGUCAUAUGUGAAGUACUCGUGUAAGUCUGUUGCUUUUGUACAAGGAUGUUGAAGCUUUAAUGAUUAAAUUCUUUUAAAUAUUCCCUUA